AUGGAGCGGGAGAGGAAGGAGCCGCUGCCGCCCCAGCGCCACCGGCACGAGUUCCCCCAACUUCGGGGACCUGGAUCAAAGCCCACUCCCCCCUCCAAGAAGGCAGCUGCCGCGCUUACCUGGCGGCGGGGCCGCGGAGCCCCGCGCUGUCCCCGCGCUGUCCCCGCGCGGUCCCCGCGGCCGCAGCCCGGCGUGCGGAGCCCCGCGCUGUCCCCGCGCUGUCCCCGCGGCCGCAGCCCGGCGUGCGGAGCCCCGCGCUGUCCCCGCGCUGUCCCCGCGCUGUCCCCGCGCGGUCCCCGCGCGGUCCCCGCGGCCGCAGCCCGGCGUGCGGAGCCCCGCGCUGUCCCCGCGCUGUCCCCGCGCUGUCCCCGCGCUGUCCCCGCGCGGUCCCCGCGCUGUCCCCGCGGCCGCAGCCCGGCGUGCGGAGCCCCGGAGCCCCCGGCCCCUCUCGCUGCAUUCUGGGAAGCGGCGCCCAAAAACGGGGCCGCGGUGCCCUCUGGUGGCACCUCCCGCGCCCUCGGGGGGGAAGGGGACCCGACCCGCAGGGUGAUUUGGGGCUCUAACAGGAUAAAUGGAUAUCGCUGUGUGGAUAGGCAGAACCCAAAACACCUCUGGAAAAGAAAUGGGAAGCACUGGUUUGGAGAGGAAGGGGAGAGGUUGGGGCACAUCAGCUCUUGGGGUGAAACUCGUGGCUGGAGGCAUCUCCUCUCCUCUGUGCCCAGGCUGCUUGGAAAGGUAAUUAAUGCCUCUCAGUUUGCAUCAGGAUCCACUCACGUAAUUCCUGAGAUUAUUUCUGGCAGGAGAAGCAACUGCAGGUCACGGACAAGACCUGGAAAAGACUCACCUGUGACAGGAGGGGAAUUGCUGAGGGACUCUGAGGACAGCCAGAGGCACAGCAAUCAGCUCCAGGUGGCAGCUCGGGCACAGACAAUCCAGUGGAGCACAGGGAUGGAAUUUGUGGAGAUUACAGAGGCUGGAAACAUUUCUGUGGAACAUCCAGGAUUAGUGCACGGCCAUAUCUUUAAAUUGGAGAAGAAACCACAACAAGGGCAGGAGCUGGCAGAGCUGAGACAAAGCUGGCCCCAAAACUGCAAUGGGGUGUUAAAGUGCGUCAGGAAUGUGAUCGUGACUGAAACACCCCCGCCCCUAAUCCCAGCCCGGGGGUCUGAACUGGCCUCGGCUCCCAGGGCAGAUGGAGCAGAGCAGCAGCUCCUGAAGUUUCACCCCUGAACUAUCUCUCUAAAAAGAGAGACCUGAAGCAGCAGCAGUAAUUAGUGAGAGGAGUUAUUUCACCACCAGCCAUGCAAGACUCAGCAGAAGGCUUCCAACCCAAACAACCGCCCAAGUGCCAGACAGCUCCCUCAGAUCGAUCAGUCAUCCUGUCCUCGGCUUGGAUUUGGCAACAAAAACCCCCAAACAUCCCCGGCACUGCUGCUCCCAGACCUGUUUGCUGCUCCCUGCCUGUGGAACGCUGGUGCUGGAGAGGUCUGUUCGUGUAAAAGGACCCAGAGCCCGAGAUCUGCCAGAGCUCUGUGUUUGCUGGAAGGGUGCCCGGCGUCCACGAGUGCCGAUACUGCAGGGAGAUUAAGUCUAGAAAGUCUUUCUUC